AUGGGAAGCCAACAAGCAGCAAUUUCGUUCCUUACGAAUCUGGCGAAGGCAGCGUUUGGUAUCGGAACGGUGGCGACGGUAGUGAACACGUCGCUCUACACUGUUGACGGUGGCGAGAGAGCCGUACUGUUCGAUCGAUUCAGGGGAGUGAUGGAUCAGACGGUCAGUGAAGGAUCUCAUUUCCUUAUCCCAUGGCUCCAGAAGCCGUACGUCUUCGAUAUCCGUACCAAACCUCACACUUUCACCUCCACCUCCGGUACCAAGGAUCUCCAGAUGGUUAAUCUCACCCUUCGUGUUCUCUCUCGCCCCGAGGUUACGCGUCUCCCGACGAUUUUCCAAACACUGGGUCUAGAAUAUGACGAAAAGGUUCUUCCCUCGAUUGGAAACGAGGUCUUGAAAGCUGUGGUUGCUCAAUUCAACGCUGAUCAGCUACUCACUGAGCGUCCUCAAGUUUCAGCACUUGUCCGUGAGUCUCUGAUCAAGCGUGCUAGGGACUUUAACAUCGAGCUCGACGAUGUAGCCAUCACACAUUUGUCGUACAGUCCAGAGUUCUCGAGGGCGGUUGAGCAGAAACAAGUGGCUCAACAAGAGGCAGAGAGGUCUAAGUUUGUGGUGAUGAAGGCUGAUCAAGAGAGGAGAGCCGCGGUUAUAAGAGCGGAAGGUGAGAGCGAAGCUGCUCAGUUGAUUUCAGACGCAACAGCUAAAGCAGGAAUGGGUCUAAUUGAGCUUAGGAGGAUUGAAGCUUCGAGGGAGGUUGCAGCUACACUCGCUAGGUCUCCAAACGUGGCUUACUUACCCGGUGGACAAAGCAUGCUCUUUUCGCUGAACGCUGGUCGUUGA